GAGACGGGACCGAGCUUUUGCUGAGCCUGUGCCAGACAGAGGGGGGAAAAAAACCCCAAGAGAGGAAAAAAAAAAAAGAAGCGGAGAAGCAGCUGGUGAGGGAAAAGCAGCUGGAGGAACCCCGAAACGGUGCUGGUGCCACCAAGGAAAACUCUGAAAGGUUCAAGAGAGGAGAAAAACCCAGGUCGUGGUUUUUAUUCACUUCCUGUCUACCUCAUACGAUCUGGCUGGGAAAAAUCGGCUGGGAGGGGGGGACGUCGUGGGCGCGAUGGCUUUCUUCCUCAAACCGCGGCCACGCACGUGGGACCUUGCCCUGGAUUACCACACGGCGAAACAGUUUGAAGGUAACCAAAGGCAACGGGAGCGGAGCACAGUACCGAUUCCUGGUGAUGUCUGGGCUCUGUCGAGCGAGGUGUCCGUCGGAGUUGGAGAUCCUCCAGCUCCACCUUCGAUCUCCCUGGCUCCUCCAUCUCCAACCUGGCCUGGAGAUCCUUCAUCUCCAACCUCCUUCUCUUCACUCUUCCAUCUCCAUCCUCAUCACUCCUCUCUCUUUCUCCGUGAAAAAUGACCAGUGGAGGGGAUUUUUGGGUUGUGCGUCCUCUACGUUUGAGUUUGGCUUCUCAUUCCUUCUCUUUUUUCUCUCCAGUGGACGUGACCUUGGAUCCAGCCACAGCAGGUCCUGAGGUGAUCCUCUCUGAGGACCUCAAAGAAGCCACCUGGGGUAGACCUGGGCACCGGUGGCCUGAGGGUCCGGGCCAGUUCGACACGGAUCCGUGCAUGUUGGGCAGCGAGGGCUUCACCUCGGGUCGUCACUACUGGGAGGUGGAGGCCAACGGACGCUUCUGGGCCAUUGGGGUGGCCCGCGAGUCAGUUCAGAGGAAGGGCCGGGUCCUCUUCAAGCCCAACGCUGAUAUCUGGGGUUUGCAGAAGUACGACGAGCUCUGCGUGGCCCUCACGGCUCCUUCCAACACCCCCGUCCCGCUCCUCAACGGGGAGAUCGGGGUCUACCUGGACUACGAGGUGGGACAGGUCUCCUUCUAUGCUGUCGGCAGCCGCCAACGCAUCUUCACCUUCCCUGUGGUUUCCUUCAGUGGAGAGAGGGUCUUCCCCUACUUCUGCGUCCUCCUCUCCACCAUCAAACUGUCCCCCAAGGGUUGAUGUGCUGGUGGGGUCCCCCCAAAGCUGGUUGCUCUACGGUGGUUGGAAAUGCUCCUUGACGCUCCUCAACUCUUAUUCUCCAGGUCUUGGAGACAUUUCCACCACAGUUCAUGGUCCUACCUCCAUCUUAGACAUCUCCAUUUUGGGUUAAAUCCAGAGGGUUUCAGGUCUGAGCUCAACGUGGCUUGUCCCAUCUGAAAACUCGUUGAUGGGAUCUGGGCCUCACCCAGCUGGUUUUGAGCUGAAAACGUGGGUUUUCGUCCCAAACUCACCCCCUCUGAAGGUUUCUUUUACUGACCUUGAUGCCUGUCACUGGCCGGGCUUCCAACCCAAAUUAAAAAAAUCUUAAUUUUUGCAGCCUUUGCAUUAAUACCAGUUGCUACCUCGGUUUAAAACUGAUUUUGUCAUCACAAGGAUGUGCUCCUGCUCACCGCCCCCCCCGCCCCCAUUUUCUUCUGCUGUUCCCCACACUCAGGAUGUUUUUCUGAAUAACUGGCGUGCGAUUGAUUACAAACGUGCUCAGAAUAUAAUAAAUACUUGGUCCCCUGGGACCCCCAAGA